CCAUCAAAAGAUUUCAUUAUUACUGUGUGACAAAUCAGGUCGGCACACACCAAGACGCAUGUUGAAAGCCCAGUACUCAUGCUGGUGCGCACACGGUGCGACACAGGUCAUUUUGCCCCUGCUUAUUCAAACCAGUUGAAUUUCAUGCAACAUGAUCCGGGGACAACAUUUUGCCUCCGCAAAAGCGACGAUGUCACACGCGGAACAUGUCCCCGCAUCGUGUCCCUUAGUGGGCGCCAGCCUUUCACCUGACAUCUCGAGACAAAGUUAUGACCAUGUGCGACUUUUGACAGUCUGAAAAAUAUUGACAUUUUGUAUUCAUUGUUGGCAGAAAAUUUACAUAUAACUAAUUUCCGUGUGAUUUGUACGCACACGGUCAUGGCAAAUCUAAGUCUCUACUAUCAUAUAGUGUAUCUUAUCGGAAUUAUUUUCUUUUCGUUACCAUUGAGAAUUUCAGGAAACAUUCAGCCACCGGCUGGCGUCACUAUCAAAGCCAUAAACGGUUCAGAUUUUGUCAUUAUAUCAUGGAAUUAUCAGGCAGACGUUACAUUAUACAGAAUAUUCUUCAGAAGCUUCAAAUCCACGCCUGGGAACUCGAGUAUCUCGCCACAUGAAGUUGGCCCCAUGUCCGUCCACUGCCUACCAGAUAACAGUACGUGUAGCUAUUGUGUAUCAAAUAUCAACAGAAGAGUUUCAUGCAACAAACUCAACAGCAAAUAUCAGGCUCCACUGCUACAAAGUGAACUGGGCUUUGAGCAACUUGUAAGUGUCAAAGUUGAACCUUGUAGCGACUACUUUCCGGACACUUGCGAGAGUCAAAGUAGGUGGAAGAAUUACACCAUACCGCCAGGAGUGCCCAGUCCAGUGAGAAAUGUAAGCGGUCGGCCAUUAUCAUCCAAAACAGCGGAGGUCACGUGGUUGCCGCCCAAUCAGACGCGAGGAACAAUUGUGCUGUACUCUGUGUUCUACAAAAUAGCUAAUAGUAGACAAAGAGGCCAAGUAUUUAGGUAUGGCCCAAGAGGAAUUCUCACAGGUUUGACUGCAAACACAAAGUACAAGAUUUGGAUGACAGCGUCAACGGCUGACAAGGAAGGAGAAAGAUCUAAUGUCAUCACAGUUCAAACAUAUGAGGAUGAGUGUGUUUCCGGGCCCUGUCAACACGAUAGUAAAUGCCACGUGGAUGGAACCUCUUACAAGUGUGAAUGCUCAGAGGCCUGGGAAGGAAGAACCUGCAGCAAUCCUAAAGGGUUUGCCGCCAAGAAAAGGAAAUGUGUCAAGGCGGAAGGAAAGAACAAGCCGUCACUUCACGUUAAUGUCACUCUGGAAUCUUGUGCUGCGAAGUGUAGAGAAAGCUCAAGCUGUAAAUCGUUGGAGUAUGGACUUGGUUAUAGCAGCGGUGGUAGAUUUGUAAAUACUCUUUAUAAACAAGGUCUUGGUCAGUGCAAGCUUCGAGCUGUGGACGCGACAACAAACGAGCUGAGGUCUUGUUACUAUGACUACUACGAGAAGAAACCUCCUGUGUCUGCGGGUUCGCGAGGACAUUUAUCAAAUAUGGCGCUAUUCACAGUGUUGGUUCUUGUGACUCUCAUACAAUGGUAGACGCCGCAAAUUUUAAACUGGUCUAUAUUAUAAAAUGAUUGUAGGGAUCAUUUUUAAAGACAACAUGAAAUAUUUUUAUUCUUUUAUGCUCAGAUUUAUGUUGCAGACUGAGCACUUGGGGUCGUUUAAGAAAAAAAUAUCCCAGAAGGGAUUAUUGAACUCUUUCGCUGGUUACGAAAGACACUAUAUGAAGAAUCAAAGCAAAAGGAAAUAUUGCUCUUUUGUCAGAUUAGGUCAUAUGUUAUCUUAUGUCAGCUUUACUGUAAAAAGUACUUGGAUCGGCUAUUGAAUUUUGUAGAUUGAGUUGUAUACAUGUAAAUUUUUACGCUUUGACGCGGUAAAGACAUUUGUUUAUUCUGCAUUUGAGAUAAAUGUAAAAUAUUUGCUACUUAAAAUAAAUUAUUCAAUGGGAGAAGAUGGAAGUGGAUGAAUGCUUUCUUAAAACCAAACUCAGUAAACACAUAAAGAAGCUACGUCACUGCUUGUGCAUCUCGAUAAGUUUUGCCUAAUUUGUUCAAGCAUAGGUCAACUAUGGUUCAAGUUAUUCGUCGUUUGUAAUUUAUGUCAAUCGUCUCCACCCUUUUUCCUUUAUGGUGUAUUGUUUCCUCUUUGGUGUUUUUCUAUCUUAGUAAACAAUUAUUUUCAGGUUCCUUCGAUUUUAAGGUAAUUUUGUACGUGGCCAAAAUAACUCAAAAUACUGUGACUGACUCACACGAUCACAGAUUUCGCUCUUAUUUUUAUCACAUCACCUCCCUCUUGGAGAUCUGGGCACUACUGUCUUGCACACUGCAGGCACGGAGGCUUGGUAACACAGCUAAUUAUUUCGUCGAGGCUCAUAAAUUGAGAAUGAUCGGCUACAAUGGCACAUAUCUCGGACACCUUCCGUGUCGCCAAUUAUCUCUAACUAUGGAGUAUACCCGAGUACGUGGGCACUUAAGAUUCAGUGCUUUCUCAAGUAGGGAAUGGGGCAGAAAACAAGAAAUUCCCUGAUCAUUUGGGAUUCCCCCGAUAUACGGAAAUUAAGUCCUUGGGAUUAACGGUUGCAAACCAAAGUAAAAAGAAAAGCAAAAACUGAACAUUACCAGAAUUUAACACGCUACCCCAAAGAAACUGGAAUUAAAAUAUGGUGAAAACACCAGAGAUAAUUUCAAAAUAGUCUUAAUUUAAAACA